AUGCCAAAAGCAGUGAUCUUCGAUCUUCUAACCGCCCUCCUGGACAGUUGGUCCCUCUGGAAUGCAGCAGCAGGAGGUGAAGAUGCAGGCCGCCGAUGGAGGGCCCGCUAUCUCGAGAUCACCUUCGGAUGCGGGAAAUACCGGCCCUACGAGGAUCUCGUCAGAGAGUCGGCCGUCGACACCGGGGUAGGCGAACAGGCUGCCACGGCGCUGCUGACAAACUGGGACCAGUUGAAGCCGUGGCCGGAGGCUGUUGAAGUGCUGCAAACCCUUCGUCGUCGCGGAUAUCUCCUCGGCGUGGUGACCAACUGUUCCUCAGAACUAGGCCAUCGUGCGGCCAACCGCUGCGGCAUACAAUUCGAUGCCGUGCUGACGGCGGAAGAAGUCGGCUUUUACAAACCACAUGUUGCGACAUACCAAGGCGCAAUUGCAGCUGUCGGGGUAGACCUGAAGGAAGCCCUUUUUGUCGCAGGCAGCAAUGGCGAUGUCAUUGGGGCUGCUGCCGCUGGAAUGGAUGUCGUCUGGCAUAAUCGAAUCGGCCUUCCGGCACUCCCGGGCUCUGCACCCUUUGUCGAAGGGAAGAGCCUCCGUGAGACUCUGGGUGCGUUGCUACGAUAUCAGGGCGUUCCCCGGUCAGAAAUCCCUACCCCGGUUGCGUACAUAAACCGCACGAAAUUUGCAGCCAACUGCGAGAGAAUGCGACAGAGAGCGAAAGCGCUGGGGGCUGCAUUCCGCGUCCAUAUCAAAACGCAUAAAACAGUCGAAGGGACAGAGUUGGAAUUGAAGGACACCGAUGGCCGCGUGAUCUGCAGUACCCUGAACGAGAUUGAACACCUGGAGCCGUUAAUGCAGAAGGGAGUCGUUCGAAGUGUGUUGUACGGUGUCCCGCCUCCUAGGACAGCAAUCCGUCGCCUCGCAGCCCUGCGAAAGAAGUUUUCUACUGAGCUCAUCCUGAUGAUCGACCAUCCAGCGCAGAUUGCGUUCGUGGAAGAACUCACUACGGGCGAUCCCUGGCCUGUGUUUAUCAACGUGGAUUGUGGGUCGCGGCGUGAGGGUGUUCAGCUAGGAUCUGACGAACUUGCCGUCUUAAUUCGACAGACUCUACAAUCCACCCGGGUGCGGCUCCAUGGCUUCUACUGCCACGCGGGUCAUUCCUACACUGGCAAUUCCCUGGGUGAUGCCGAACAGCACCUCCUGCACGAGAUUGCCUGUGGACGUGCCGCCGCCCAGCAGUGUCUAGAUAUCCAGGCCGAUCUGCGGCUCACCGUCUCAGUUGGCGCAACACCGACAGCACAUGCGGCGUCAGCAAGCGUGUUAGACAAGAUCCAGACACUAUCGACAAACCUCAAACUCGAGCUCCAUGCAGGCAACUUCGCUGUGCUCGAUCUACAGCAACUGGCCACAGGUCUUGCCAGUUUCGAAGAUGUCUCGGGCUUUAUCGAAGCCGAAAUCACCAGUAUCUACCCCGGGCGAAGAGAGGUGCUUGUGAAUAUCGGCUCUUUGGGCCUGGGACGGGAGCCGGGCCGUGAGCCUGGGGUCUGGGGUCGUGCGGCUAUUAUUUCAGAGAGUACAGCCAAGCAAGGGCUAUAUCCGUGGAAUGUGGUGCGGAUAUCCCAAGAACAUUGUAUUCUGGCUCCCCGGACAGCGGACGGGGCUGAGGUUGACCGUAUUAUCAACGCGGCCAGAGUUGGAUCUCGCGUGCGAAUCAUUCCACAGCAUGCAUGUAUCGCAGGCUCCAUGUAUGAUUCGUAUCUUAUAGUCGAUGGCGACGAUGGUGAAUGUGUAGAUGAGUGGGUUCGGUGUAGGGGGUGGUGA